AUGACCUGUUUGUUUGUCCGAUGCCCCUCACUCACCACUCCGAUAUCAUCCACACGCGCGCCUGCCGCGUGUGCUGCUGCGAUUGGCCCAUCCCGGAAAUGUCCAGGUGCGGUGCUGGAGGAGCUGCAGAGUGCGUGGAAAAUCAACUUCACAAACUGGGGUCCUGGAUGGGACUGCAGGGUUGCGGCUGGCCUCACGUGCGAUCAGGCGGGCAGCGUUACCUCCAUGCAAUUCUCCCGGCUUAUGACACCAUCCUUUCCCACGGUUAAUGUCACGCGCCUUACUCGCCUCACGGAGCUGAGCUUCUACGGAGUCAUCGAUUUUCCAUACAACCCACUCUACAGCAUCACAUGGCUCAAGUCGCUGUCAGUGGAGUGUGUUCCGGGUGGCGUUGCAGAGACCUUUCCUUCCACCAUUUCCAACCUCGCGCAGCUCACCAGACUGAGAGUGAAGGACUGCGGCAUGGGCACCAAUGGUGCCUUCUCGGUGCUGAGCUCACUCACCAGCCUUGUGGAUGUGGAGUUGCCGUCUAACGGUGUCUCAGACCUGUCACCGCUUCAAGGGCUGGACUACGCCAAGCUACAGCAACUGUACGAUUCCCCAUCGUUUGUAUUCUGA